GAAGCGGCCGCAACGCCAUGUUGACGAAGUCUCCCAUCUCCGUGAGAAAAAAAUGAUAGAAAACACACUUUCUGAGAAAAAAGCUAAAUCCCUGGAAUAAGUAACGUCGCCGCGAUAUUUGCCUUGAAGAACCGAACCGGAUCCGCGGAGGUUCCGGACGGGCAAGGGAGGAAAACCUCCCACCGUCCCCAUGAAUAGCACCGCUGAUCCUAACAGCGACUUUCCAUGAAAAGACAUUUGUGUUGCUAUUCGAGCUCGUUAUCCCAGUUCGUCAAAGGGAUCUGGGGCCUGCCUCAAGAAUUUGCAACGCUUGCUAUAUGUAUGCAAGCUAGACAUUGUUUGUAUCAGUAUUUAUUAGUGUAUUGUUUUCGUUAGUUGAUUUUUUUUUUUGCGAUGAGUUUGCAACCGAAAGUGGUCCCCAAAUCUGCAACUGUCGCAGUUAGCGGACCUGGAACCGGCCCCUCUCCGUCGAGCCAACUGCGGGCUACCCUGACCUCCGUGUCUCUACCGCCGGGAGCCCCCGCCGCUCCUCAGCCUACCGCCGUUCCACAGCCACAAAUCCCACGGGUUCAGCCAUCGCUAGACGAUCGCAUCUUCCCCACACAGCCUGGAGUCGCUGCAGUCUACAGCGUACCCAGGCAUGCUGGCCCUUCUUACACUGCUCAUGACAUCACAAAGGGACACCCUAACUUGGCGGGCACCCCGCCCGGUCAUGCCCACUCCCCGGCGCUCUCUCAGGUAUCAGUACCCACAGCUUCCCCAUAUCGCUACCCUAAGGGCUGGGAGACAGGCGGAGGGUCUCCAUACAACCCUGGACAGAAUGCUGGCUCAGCCCCUUUAGUGUAUUCUCCCCAGACACAGCCAAUGAAUGCACAGCCACAGAGUCGCCCGUUUGCCACGGGCCCUCGACCAACUCACCAUCAGUUUUUCCAGAGGACCCAGAUGCAAACUGCGAGGCCCACUCUCCCUACCAACACACCCUCCCUACGGCCUGGCUCACAGACACCCACGGCGGCAGUCUACCCCCCAAAUCAACCCAUUAUGAUGACCAUGGCCCCUAUGCCUUUCCCUUCCCCACAGGCUACACAAUACUACAUCCCCCAGUAUCGCCACAGUACGCCCUACGUGGGACCCCCGCAGCAGUAUUCAGUACAGCCUCCAGGGUCUGGCACCUUUUAUCCUGGGCCAGGACCAGGGGAAUACCCUGCCCCAUAUCAUCCCCUCAGGUACCACCCACCUGUCUCACCCUCUGUCCCUGCUCCCGUUCCUACAGCUGGUCCCCCCUACUAUCCAGGACAGACUGUGUACCCCCCCUCACCCCCCAUCAUAGUGCCUACACCACAGCAACCUCCACCAGCCAAGCGUGAGAAGAAAACAUCCUCCCAGAUCCGUAUCCGUGACCCCAACCAGGGCGGCAGGGACAUCACCGAGGAGAUCAUGUUAGGUGGUUCGGGGAGCAGGAAUCCAACGCCCCCUGUUGGACACCCCUCCUCUACCCCCACCCCUCCACAGCAGCAGCCGGGCAGCAGCCAGACCCCCGAGCAGCCGCAGCAGCAGCCGCAGCCUUUGACACCUCAGCCACAGCAAGCCAAUCCUGGAGCCUACACUCUGGAGCCCCCUCAGCCACAGCCACCGCAGCCCCCCACACCCGGGGCUGCUGACGUCAAGCCUGGGCCAGGUGAUAUGCCAAAAUUGGAGCUGUCUGUCCAGAAGUCUUCUUCACCUGGGCUAGUACAGCCAGAACUUUCACAGGGGAGACGGGAGAGCAGUGCUACUGUAACUCACCCCUCCACCUCAGUUGAACCAGAGCUUCCCCCUUCUGCCCAAGUGGCAGCCCCCAUUGCUGCUCCACACCCUGUGGCUAGCACUAGUGAAAAGCCCUCAGCUGUGGAGCCUGCUGCUUCCACUGUUCCUUCCUCCUCCCCAUUAGUCGAGGAGCCCAAACCACCUCUGGUACCUCCUCAGACUCAGACAGCCAAGACAGAAAAGGUUCUUGAAGCUUCACAUACACUGACUGCUUCACCAGCUUCAGCUCCAAAGGCCAUGAAUGGUCUUGCAGACACCAAGGCUGAGCAAGACACCCCACCCCAGCAGCCCUCCCCUCUGCCUCCAGCCACACCCCAGCCCCAGGCUUCUGCCCCGGCUUCUAGAGAGACACCCUCUGAGACUUUGCCCUCUGACACAAGGCCAGAGGUACCCAUCGCUGCUGCCCUUGCCCCUGUGGUCCCUCUAGCUGUGGUGCCUGUCACCCUGACCUCAAACCCUGCCAUGGCUAUGCCAGCACCUCCCCCUGGCCUACCGCCUCUAGUGCAGGCCACAGCAGAGGCUGGCGAGCCCAGCAAGCCCUUAAACACUAAAGACCUCCCGUCCAAAGCAGUGACAGAGGCGCAUGUUGGCAUGACUGACAACAAAAUGGAAUCCCAGCAGCAAGCACUCACCAGGAAGAAUCCUACUACAGUAAGUCAGACUGCUUCUACUGUACCAAAGACGUGGAAGAAACCAAAUGAUGGGAGCUCUGUCGGAGAUGCGCUUCUCAAGGAGAGUGAGGAGGAUCCCAGGCCAAUAGAGCCUGCUGUCGUAGACCAGACCCAAUCGGCUCCUCUGACCAGCAGUCCUACACCCCUACCGUUAUCCUCCCCCUUAGCCCCUGUACCAGCUCAGGCCUCUGGCCCAGAGGCUGAGGAGAAGCCUACUGCUCCUGAGGAGAACGGUGAGGCCGAACUGGAGCCCAUGAGAAAUGGAGCUGGCCACACCUCAGAGACAGAGAGCAGUGACAGUGGAGCCACCCCUGUUGACAAGGAGAACUCCACAGGGGCAUCCCAAGACAUGGAAGACCUCACUGAGUCCAAUGGAAAGCGACAGUAUGACAGGGACUUCCUGCUGGGUUUCCAGUUCAUGCCUGCCUGCAUACAAAAGCCAGAGGGGCUCCCACCUAUCAGCGAUGUGGUGCUGGACAAGAUCAACCAAAACAAGCUGCCAUCUCGAGCUGUGGAUUCCAGGGUAAUAUCCAGAGGCCCUGAUUUUACACCUGCCUUUGCCGAUUUUGGUAGACAGAUAACUGGGGGACGAGGCACUUCACUAAUGAACAUGGGGGCACGACGGCCUCCACCGAGGAAGAUCAUUAUGAAUGUGUCUGUCAAUGACGAUGUCCAGCUGAAAAAGGCGGAGAAUGCCUGGAGACCUGGCAUGAAGAGAGAGGGCCUCUCAGAUGACCCAGAGACCCAGAAAACACAGGAGCUGUUCCGGAAGGUGCGCAGCAUCCUUAACAAGCUGACGCCUCAAAUGUUCAAUCAGCUGAUGAAGCAGGUGACAGACCUGACCAUUGACACAGAGGAGAGGCUGAAGGGAGUCAUUGACCUUGUCUUCGAGAAAGCCAUUGAUGAACCUAGCUUCUCUGUUGCCUAUGGAAACAUGUGUCGCUGCCUCGCCACGCUCAAAGUGCCCAUGACAGACAAACCAAGCACCACAGUGAAUUUCCGUAAGCUGCUGCUUAACCGCUGCCAGAAGGAGUUCGAGAAGGACAAGGUGGACGAUGUGGUUUUUGAGAGAAAGCAGAAGGAGUUGGACUCAGCUGCAUCGGCAACGGAGCGUGAGCGUCUACAGGAGGAGCUGGAGGAAGCGAAGGACAAGGCACGCCGGCGCUCCAUUGGAAACAUCAAGUUCAUUGGCGAGCUCUUCAAGCUCAAGAUGCUAACAGAGGCCAUCAUGCAUGACUGUGUGGUUAAGCUGCUCAAGAAUCAUGACGAAGAGUCUCUGGAGUGCCUAUGCAGGCUGCUCACCACCAUUGGCAAGGACCUGGACUUUGAAAAGGCUAAGCCUCGAAUGGAUCAGUAUUUCAAUCAGAUGGAAAAAAUUGUCAAGGAGCGGAAGACAUCAUCCCGCAUACGGUUUAUGUUACAAGACGUAAUAGAUCUACGAUUGCACCACUGGGUGUCCAGGAGAGCUGACCAGGGCCCCAAAACCAUCGAGCAGAUCCACAAGGAGGCCAAGAUCGAGGAGCAAGAGGAGCAGAGGAAGGUGCACCAACAGCUGCUCUCCAAGGACAGCAAGAGGCGGCCAGCAGACCCAAGAGAACAGAGAGAUCAGCGCACACCAAGAGAGGAGACCUGGAACACUGUGCCCAUGACCAAGAACAGCAGAACCAUCGACCCUACCAAGAUCCCAAAGAUCUCCAAGCCUCAAAUGGAUGAAAAGAUCCAGCUGGGCCCACGGGCUCAAGUCAACUGGAUUAAGGGCAGCAGUGGAGGAGCCAAAGCCAGCGACUCAGAACUAUCACGGUCAGGUGGCAGUAGUCUUAAUCGCUACUCUGCACUACAGUCCACUCCUUCACCUCAACCCUCCACCCCGCCCACACAGAAUCCAGACUAUGACUCCAGGAGAACCCUGGGAAGUCGUAGCAGUGCAGGAAGGGAGUGCAGCGAGAAGCCCCUCAGUUCGACACCGUCAACACGGCCUGGGCCCUUUGUCAGGGGAGGCAGUUCCAAGGAGCUCCUGGAGAGCCAGGCCCCUGAGGAGCCCCGUAGAGAAAGGGAACGGGAGGGAGCUGAGCCUAGGAGGCCUAGUGUUACCGAAGACAAGAUGGAGCCAGAGCGAAGCAGAGCCAGAGAGCCUGUGAAACCUGAGCCAGUAGUCCAAACCCCAGACAGACCCACCCUCUCAGAAGAGGAGAUGGAGAGGAAGUCCAAAUCCAUCAUAGACGAGUUCCUGCACAUCAAUGAUUACCAGGAGGCGGUGCAGUGUGUGGAUGAGCUGGAUCUGGCCUCUCGGCUCCACAUGUUCGUACGUGUGGGGGUGGAAUCUACCCUGGAGCGCAGUCAGAUCACUCGGGACCACAUGGGCCAGCUCCUCUUCCAGCUAGUACAGCAGGGAAUCUUGCCCAAAAACCAGUUCUAUAAAGGGUUUGCAGAUACCCUGGAGGUAGCGGAUGACAUGGCCAUCGACAUUCCCCAUAUCUGGUUGUACUUGGCUGAGCUGCUCAGCCCUGUGCUGAAGGAAGGGGGCUUCUCUGUGAGAGAGCUCUUUAGUGAAUUAAGCAAACCAUUGCUUCCUGUGGGAAGAGCCGGGAUCUUAUUUUCUGAAAUACUGCACAUACUAUGCAAACAAAUGAGCCAUAGAAAAGUGGGCGCCUUGUGGAGGGAAUCCGGCCUCAGCUGGAGUGACUUCCUGCCAGAGGGAGAAGAAGUCCACACUUUCAUCUCACAACAGAAGCUCCAGUUCACUAUGUUGGACUGCUCCAGUCCCGAGGCUGCUGUGUCUAAGAGCACCCUGUCUCCUGAGGAGAUGAGCCACCAGUUGGAGAGACUUCUCCUGGAGGAUAUGGCCAGUGAUGAGCAAAUCUUUGACUGGGUAGAGGCAAAUCUGGACGAAUCACAGAUGAGCUCGUCUCCAUUCCUGCGGGCUUUGAUGACAGCUGUGUGCAAGGCAGCAGUGAAAGAAGAGAGCACCACCUGUCGAGUGGACACGGCCAUCAUCCAGAGGAGAUUGCCUGUAUUACUCAAGUACCUUAACUCAGACACUGAGCGACAGCUGCAAGCACUUUAUGCACUUCAGGCGCUGAUCGUCACCUUAGAUCAGCCUCCAAACCUUCUCCGGAUGUUCUUUGACUGUCUGUAUGAUGAGGAUGUCAUCUCGGAGGACGCUUUCUACAAGUGGGAGACUAGCAAAGACCCUGCGGAGCAGCAGGGCAAGGGUGUGGCCCUCAAGUCAGUCACAGCCUUCUUCACCUGGCUGCGCGAGGCAGAAGAGGAGUCAGAGGAUAAUUGACAAGGAAGCUUGUGGCCUCUUGCUGCCAGCCCAGCAUAUGACACAAAAC